UGAAGAGAGAGAGAGAGAGAGAGUGAGUUGAUGAUAGGACGAAGAAAAUCAAAAAUGGUUGAAUGUUGAGUGAGAGAGAGAAAGAGAGAAUAUCGGAGUAAACAUACAAGGAUGGGACGGCAGAUCUCAGUGUUGGUUCAGCCAAAAUACCUUGUCAUCUUCCUAUUCGCCUUAAUUCUCAUCUUCUAUGCAUUUUGCAUCUCUCGACGGGAGGAAGAGAAGGUGGAAGAGGUAUAUGAAAUAACCCACAGAGUAUUUUUGGAUGUUGAUAUCGAUAAGCAGCGUGUAGGAAGAAUUGUUAUUGGAUUAUAUGGCCAAGUUGUACCUAAAACUGCUGAGAAUUUCCGGGCUUUAUGCACAGGGGAGAUGGGGAAAGGUGUUGGAGGUAAACCUCUCCACUACAAGGGUAAACCAUUCCAUCGCAUAAUACCUGGCUUCAUGAUUCAAGGGGGAGAUAUUAUGUAUCUCGAUGGAAAGGGGAACGUGUCUAUAUAUGGUGGUACCUUUCCUGAUGAAAAUUUCAAGAUAAAGCAUUCACAUGCAGGUGUUGUUUCCAUGGUGAAUUUGGGACCUGAUUCCAAUGGCUCACAGUUUUUCAUCACCACAGUCAAGGCCAGUUGGUUGGAUGGGGAGCAUGUUGUGUUUGGUAAAGUUAUUGAGGGCAUGGAUACAGUGUAUGCGAUAGAGGGAGGAGCGGGAACCUACAGUGGCAAACCCAGGAAAAAGGUAAUCAUUGCCGAUUCUGGGGAGAUUCCGAAAAGCAAUUGGGAUGAAGACAGCAAAAGUUUAACAAAUGUCGCAGUAUAAAUAUACUAAUGUGGUUAGUUAAUUUACUUUCCCUCUGUGUAAUGUCAUGAAAUUUAGAUUGAAGAAGCCUUUGGAUUAGCUAUUAUUGAUACGUACAAUGCCUAUUCGUAGAGAAAUCACAG